CUCCCGCAUUGCUAGGGGAAAGCUGGGGAGCCCGAGUCUGGCCCGAGUUGGCUGGAGCUGUUGCCAUGACAAGCAUUUUCUUAAGAAAGCCCUGCUGUUGAGACCAUCCAAAGCCGGGGGGUGGGGAGGGGGACACGAACUUCCUGGGAGAACCAUCCCUCCGAAGAGAGCAAGGUCGCAGACACCCGCCCAGCUCCCUGCACCCAUUUUCUUCCAGGAAGGUCCUUCUCAUUGGAAGGAGACCCAGCCCACUCCCCCGCCGUAGCUGGAAAGGCUGGAGCGCUAAGCCCGCAUCUCUAGCUUGGUCGCCACACUGGGGAGGCCUGCGGUGGUCACCCCACCCUGUCGCGUCUAUGGAGACCCGGAGGAAGAGUCCCGCUUGGAGAAACCCGGAUCUGUGCUAGAAACAGAGACAUCCAGUUGUCAUCCGUAUCCAGUGAGGCCUCCUCUUCCUCCUCCUCCUGCUCUACCACCACAGUUGCCGGUUGUUGCUAAGGUGACCUCCACGGUGUUCCACCUCCAUCUGGGCAAGUCAGUGUAAGCUAGGAACCUACGUACCCUGGACAACCACGUCCACCACACCCCCCCCUUUCUGGGGACACCAGUCAUUGCGACACGAAGUCCGUCUUCUAUUCAGUUCCCCCACCCUCUUCCUCUUCUCACUGCCAGGCUCCAUACAGAAGGAAAGAUCUAGGCUUGGGGUUGCUACUCUGAAGCCUGUUGCACAAGACAUAGUCGAUCUAUUUUCUAACUGGACCCCCCAAGACAAGCAAGAAACAGGAGGAAGCAGGACAAGGAGGCAGGAGACACUGAUCCGUUGAAGGGACUCUCCACAUCUUCUCUGGUUGAGGGACUGGUAACUGCAGGCAAAAUGACGACCCCAUCGGGACAUUCCUUGCCGGCCAACUCGGUGGCCGAGAGCCGUGGAGGGGAGUUUGGCUGUACAUUAAUGGACCUGAGGAAGCUUAUGGAGCUGCGUUCCACCGAUGCGCUGGCCCAGAUUAAUGUCCGCUAUGGAGGUGUACUCAACAUAUGCAGUAGACUGAAAACCUCCCCCGUGGAAGGUCUAUCUGGGAACCCUGCAGAUCUGGAGAAACGUAGACUUGUGUUCGGACAGAAUCUGAUCCCUCCAAAAAAGCCCAAGACCUUCUUAGAGUUAGUGUGGGAAGCCCUUCAAGACGUCACGCUCAUCAUCCUGGAGAUUGCAGCCAUCAUCUCCCUGGUCUUGUCCUUCUACCGCCCCCCUGGUGGAGAUAAUGAAUUGUGUGGUCAAGCUGUAAGUAACCCGGAAGAGUCAGAGGAGGGAGAAACUGGCUGGAUCGAGGGGGCAGCCAUCCUGGCCUCAGUGAUCAUCGUGGUGUUAGUGACUGCCUUCAAUGACUGGAGUAAAGAGAAGCAAUUCCGGGGACUACAGAGUCGCAUCGAACAAGAGCAAAAAUUCUCCAUUAUCCGGAAUGGUCAGCUCAUCCAGCUCCCUGUGGCCGAGAUCGUGGUGGGUGAUAUCGCCCAGAUCAAAUACGGUGACCUGCUUCCUGCAGAUGGGAUCCUGAUCCAGGGGAAUGAUCUGAAGAUUGAUGAGAGUUCUCUGACAGGAGAAUCAGACCAUGUCAAGAAGACCCUGGAGAAAGACCCCAUGUUGCUCUCAGGGACCCAUGUGAUGGAAGGUUCUGGCCGGAUGGUAGUGACUGCUGUGGGGGUCAACUCCCAGACAGGGAUCAUCUUUACUCUCUUAGGAGCCAGUGAGGAAGAGGAGGAGGAGAAGAAGAAGAAAGGUAAAAAACAAGGAGUCUCUGAAAAUCGCAACAAAGCAAAGACCCAGGAUGGAGUGGCCUUGGAAAUCCAGCCACUCAACAGCCAGGAGGGGGCUGACAAUGAGGAAAAGGAGAAGAAGGUAACCAAGGUGCCCAAGAAGGAGAAGUCAGUGCUGCAGGGCAAGCUGACACGCUUGGCCGUACAGAUCGGGAAAGCUGGUCUGAUCAUGUCCGCUAUCACAGUUGUCAUCCUGAUUGUAUACUUUGUGGUUGACAACUUCGUGAUACAGCGCAGGCCGUGGCUACCUGAGUGUACUCCUGUCUACAUCCAGUACUUUGUCAAAUUCUUCAUCAUCGGCGUCACUGUACUGGUGGUAGCUGUGCCAGAGGGGCUGCCACUGGCUGUCACCAUCUCAUUGGCUUACUCUGUGAAGAAAAUGAUGAAAGACAAUAAUCUGGUACGGCACUUGGACGCUUGUGAGACAAUGGGCAAUGCCACAGCCAUUUGCUCUGAUAAGACGGGCACGUUAACCAUGAACCGCAUGACAGUGGUACAAGCUUAUUUUGGGGACACCCACUAUCGUCAGAUCCCAAGCCCUGAUGUCUUCCAGCCUAGGGUCCUGGACCUUCUUGUCAAUGGCAUUUCUAUCAACAGUGCUUAUACAUCCAAGAUUCUGCCUCCAGAGAAGGAGGGAGGUCUCCCACGGCAGGUGGGCAACAAGACGGAGUGUGCCCUGCUGGGCUUUGUCACAGACCUGAAGCAGGAUUACCAGGCAGUGCGCCAUGAAGUGCCUGAGGAGAAGCUCUACAAGGUUUACACCUUCAAUUCAGUGCGCAAGUCCAUGAGCACCGUCAUCGAAAAACCCGGUGGGGGCUUCCGCAUGUUCAGCAAGGGCGCCUCAGAGAUCAUUUUGCGCAAGUGUAAUCGAAUCCUGGACAAGGAAGGGAAAGCAGUGCCAUUCAAGAGUGUGGACCGAGACACUAUUGUGCACACUGUCAUUGAGCCCAUGGCCUGCGAGGGACUCCGGACUAUCUGCAUAGCUUACCGGGAUUUUGAUGACGCAGAGCCCAUAUGGGAAAAUGAGAAUGAGAUCCUCACUGAGCUGACCUGUAUCGCCGUAGUGGGCAUUGAGGACCCUGUGCGCCCAGAGGUACCAGAUGCUAUUGUCAAAUGCAAACGAGCUGGUAUUACUGUCAGAAUGGUGACCGGCGAUAAUGUCAACACAGCCCGGGCUAUUGCCACCAAAUGUGGCAUUCUGACACCUGGAGAUGACUUCUUGUGCUUAGAAGGCAAAGAAUUCAACAGACUUAUCCGCGAUGAGAAAGGAGAGGUAGAACAAGAAAAGCUGGACAAGAUCUGGCCCAAGCUUCGGGUGCUGGCGCGGUCUUCUCCCACAGACAAGCACACGCUGGUGAAAGGCAUCAUUGACAGCACUGUUGGGGAACAGCGGCAGGUGGUGGCUGUCACUGGUGAUGGCACAAAUGAUGGGCCCGCUCUAAAGAAAGCAGACGUUGGUUUUGCCAUGGGUAUUGCAGGCACAGACGUCGCAAAGGAGGCAUCAGACAUUAUCCUAACAGAUGACAACUUCACCAGCAUCGUGAAGGCAGUGAUGUGGGGACGGAACGUCUAUGACAGCAUCUCCAAGUUCCUGCAGUUCCAGCUCACUGUCAAUGUAGUCGCUGUGAUAGUGGCCUUCACCGGAGCCUGUAUCACUCAGGAUUCACCACUGAAAGCCGUGCAGAUGUUGUGGGUUAAUCUGAUCAUGGACACCUUUGCUUCACUGGCCCUGGCUACUGAGCCCCCUACGGAUUCUCUGUUGAAGCGCCGCCCGUAUGGCCGAAAUAAGCCUCUAAUCUCCCGUACUAUGAUGAAGAACAUCUUGGGCCAUGCAGUCUAUCAGCUCACUGUCGUUUUUCUCCUAGUCUUUGUUGGUGAGAGAUUAUUUGACAUUGAUAGUGGGAGGAAGGCGCCUCUCCACUCGCCACCCAGCCAGCACUAUACUAUUGUUUUCAACACCUUCGUGCUGAUGCAGCUCUUUAAUGAAAUCAACUCCAGAAAGAUCCAUGGGGAGAGGAACGUCUUCGCAGGCAUCUACCGUAACAUCAUCUUCUGCUCGGUAGUCUUGGGCACAUUCGUCGCCCAGGUUUUCAUUGUGGAAUUUGGGGGUAAACCCUUCAGUUGUACAAAGCUCAGCCUGACCCAGUGGUUGUGGUGUCUCUUCAUCGGGAUUGGAGAACUUUUGUGGGGUCAGGUCAUUUCUGCAAUACCGACCCAGUCCCUGAAGUUCCUGAAGGAGGCUGGGCAUGGCACUAUCAAGGAUGAUUUGACCCACGAUGGCGAGGGGAUGGAUGAGAUUGACUUUGCAGAGAUGGAGCUACGCCGUGGUCAGAUCCUCUGGUUCCGAGGCCUGAACCGUAUUCAGACUCAGAUCAGAGUGGUCAGAGUGUUCCAUAGCUCCCUCCCCGGAGUCAUUCCGAAGUCCAAGAUUCAACAAUCCAUCCACAACUUCAUGGCCACCCCUGAAUUCGAUGACGAGUUUCCGCGAACACCCGCCCAGCAUAGCCACGAGGAGGACCUUAGCAAGGAUGCUAAGACUGGGACAAGGGUGCUUCUGUUGGAUGGUGAGGCCGCUCCACAUGCUAACAAAAACAACAACGCUGCGGAUUCCAAUCAAGUGCAGGUCUUUGCCUCUCAUUCGGACAGCCCCCUGCAAAGCCUGGAGACAUCAGUUUGAACUUUCAUUCUCUGACUCCCAUCCCUGCUUUCUCUUAUUUCCUUUUUUUACCUAUCCCAUCUACAAGGUGACGAUGGGACUUUUCACUGUCAUGUCAGCUGCUCCCAAGUGUGUGAAGACCCCCACCUGACCACGAAGAAGCAACAGCACAGACCUACAAGGAUUUCAACUUAAACUUGAGCUGGGGUUUGUAGCAGGACCCAGUCAAACCCCAGGCAAGUAAUGGUAGAAUCUACUCCUUAGGUGUGUCAUUUGUUAUUUUUAAAGAAGUGACGACAAUCCUAGCAUAAUCUCAACCCAAAUUCUCCAUGGUGUUUAUACACAUGUCACCAUCUUCUGGCUUCUAGAUUUCAUCCUAUGAGUCUCUGCCAUUUACAAGCUAAUUAAGGGUUCAGAGAGAGACAAAUAUUCACAAAUGAAAUGUGUUGAGGUAGGGAUGGAAGGUGUAAAAUCAGCCAGUGUAGUGAUUGUUUUAAAAACAUUUUUUUCCCAUUUUGAAAACUUAUACCUGAACACCUCUAGUUCUUUCUGCCCUUCCAGUCAAUCCUCCCCAGGGUUCUUUUGGUUUUGCGUGACCCUUCCUUCUUUGCUUCUCUCAUAUUCUCUCUUUCUCUCUCCCUCUUUGUCUCUCUCUUUCUCUCUCUCUCUCUCAUUGUGAUAGUUAAGAGAAAGGAUACAGAUGGAUUGAAUCAACCAUUCUCCCUUCUGGCCCCAAUAGAACACUUAAUUUAGUUCUAGAUCUGGAGACAGACAGGUUUCCUUGCUAAAAGGAUCCUCUUGAAGCAAUUAAGAGCUGGUAAGAACAGUCCCCUGUUGUUUCCAGGUUAGCUUUUACAUCUAAACUGCCAUCUUGUCAGGGGUGUGUGGCUUUUAAGUGCCAGGGAGAUCAGCCUUGACUAUGAAGCUGGUGUAUGUGUGAUAUAUAGCUUUUUACCUUAGGCCUGAGCUUCGUCCUAUUCCUAAAGAGGUGGCAAAAGAAUGAAUUGGGUGUGACCCUACCUCCUUACUGCAUUUGGAGUUUGAGGACCAGAAGCUGCCAGGCCUACGACAAGACAAGCCAUUGAAGCAGACUCUCAAAGGGUUCCCCAUAGGGUGGCCACUGCUUUCAAAGCCAUCUUCCAAGACCCCUCUGGGGCAGGACGUGAUUGUUGGGAGAAAUGAGUGUUAAAAAGCCUUGGAAGAGGCCAAAGAGCCAUUCUAGCAGUAUCUAAGAAAACCUCCCUGUAAGCAUCAGAAACCUCGAGCUUAGGUGCUGGGUUUCACUUUGUCAUUCCCUUCACAAUCCUAAUUCUACUCUUUGCUGUGUCCCAUACAUCUUUAGUCUUGCACAAAUAUUUUGACUUUGAACACAUAUCCAAAGGGGGAGGCUCCCGUGACAUUGUGCUGACUUCAAGGAGCAACAAGCCCACGCUGGGGAGUACCCUGACUUCCUCUCUUCUUGCUCUCGCAUGCCCCACUCCAACCCUCCCCAACACAUACUCCAGCUGCUGCCCAGGAAAGUCCUGUGCCUUUUCGCCCUGAACACUGCUCAGAGCAUCCCCAGUCCACUUGCAUCUCAGGGGUUGAGGAUUUUGCUAGGAGGCUUAAGUGUUCCAUCCUGGGACAAGGUAGAGCCAAAUUCCCAGGAGCACCAUGGUUUUCCCUGCUCUUCUGUGUAGAUGGCGCUAACCCAUGUCCCCAAGUCUCACCUCGCAUUAGAUCAAUGAAGCACUCCCCCCCACACACUUCCAGACUGAUGGGAGUGAGAAGAGGACACUCGAGGCCCGUAAGAACUGCCAGUUUUCGGUUUGGGAGAGGAAGAUGACCUGAAACUGUCUACUUCUAGCCUUUUCUUCUGGAUCCCUCCUCCCUCACUCCUUAUACUUGAGCUAUCCAAGGUAGAAUGAGUAGAGAACACAUCCAUGACUACAUAACCCAUCACUGUAGGAAACAGGAAAACAGCUCUGAUUUGGGUUUUGUAAGGGUUACGUGCUUCAGCAAUCUUUUCUCUGUCUUAAAUACUCAUGGUGGGGGAGACGAAUAGCUCACCCAAGGUGUCAGGUGUUCACAUAUAUAUAUUUAUUAAGUAUAUUGGAAGAUUUAAUUCUGUCAAGUCUUUUAUUACCUCAGAUCAUUUUAAAAAGCAAGCCAAUAACAAGCUUCAGAGGCCAUUUUACCAUUCCUGUUCCCUAAAGACUCUCAUGGUGCCUGAUAGGAUACCCCUGAGGGCUCAUGUCUACUUUUUUAAAGUCAACGAUUUUGUGUGUGUGUGUGUGUGUGUGUGUGUGUGUGUGCUAGUUUCCAUAGUAAGAGAGAAAAUACAGAAAUAUUAUGCAAAAUAUAUAGUUUUCUUUAGAUCAGAAACUGAUAUUUUUGAGUCAGCCAUAUGUAUUUUGUUUAAAGGAUUUGAGAUAAAGUGCCGUCACCUAACUCUGUGGAAGGGAGCACAUAACCAGCUGUUUGACAUGACAGUGACUUAGUAUAUUUAUAAUUGGUUGUAAAAAACCAAUACACCAUACUUCCUUUCUCCAAACAGCCAUCUUUAUACUUAGGGGAAAAUUUUUGUUGGGUUCUAGACUUUUUUAAUAUAAAUUUUGUUGAUAUGGAAUUGAGUAAGUGUUUCUGUCCAUAUGGUUUUUUAUAUGUUUUUUUCUAUUCAGUUUCAGUGAUCCAACUGGCAGUGGUGACUAUGGCCUAAACUAACAAUGCUUUUCCCAAAAUGGUGCUUUCAGUUUGAAAAGGGUCUGAUGGGGAGGAGAAAAUACCAUCUUAGGUUCCUCUCUUGAUAAGCCUAGAAAAACAGGUAGUAAACUACUGAUAGGAAAACAUCCAGCAAGAAGGUUCGCAACUGCCAGGAAUUGGACGUGUACCCCCAGCCCCCACAGAGAUGGGUUGCCAGGCUUUUUGGUACAUGGCGGUUGGUAUCAGGGCCUUAUGUUGGUUUUGUGUUUCUUGAAGAAUUAGCUGGCAGACUGGUACCAAAGACAGUCUGGAUCUGUAAGGGAACUGAUUUGGGAUUUGCAUGUUUUGUUUCUUCCAUUUCCUGUUCCCCCUGGACUUUUCCAUUAGUGAGUUUUUGUGCAAGAAUCUGAUUUGUAAUUCCUUUCUUCCCCUAGGAAGAUAUUGUGUGAUAUGUUAGACAGAAGACAGAGCUAUGUGUGAUUUAAAAACAACGGCUGGUUCCAGCCCUGGGCAAUAGUCUCAGAGCUAGGUCCUUCCCAUAGGUGUCCUCUGUCCUCUGAAGUAACUCUUCCAUCUCAAAAGGUAUUAAGAGCGAGACCACCAGGAAAUCCCUGUGGGCCCUGUGGAUUCUUUAGUGUUUGGGUUUCUUCUCUUUGAGCUUCAGAGGAGAGUUUACACAGAUACAUCUGAAUGAUUACCUCACUGCCGAAAACCCAGAGGGACACAAACCCUCUUAAUGCAUCCCUUCCUUUCUUUCCUGCUUCCCUUGCCUUACAAUUGAAGCCACCCAUGGCACCAUCCCAAUGUGCAUAUUUGCUCAUCUUUCAUAUCUAGGGACCACCCUACUGCAUUGGUGGUGGUGGGCAGUUAUAAAUAUCUGCUAUUCUUAAGCCAUUCUAGACUCUCGGAGCAGACCAGAUACCCUUCCAUUUAGCUCAGUGCCAGAAUUUUUAUCUUCCCAACCCUGCAGUUAUACCUGCCAUCCCCUUUCCUCUUGAUUAGGGGAGGCAGAGGGAGGUGAGCUCCCUGCAACUGAAUCGGCCUUUGGUUCAUGUUUUCUCCCCAUAUGUAUAUAUGCCAUAUGUGAAUAUGCCAUAUAUAUGUGGCAGCAGAUCUAUCUAUGUUGUUCUUUUCAAAUUAGCACGCAGGUAGGAAUUUUGAGUUUCUUCUUCUUUUUGGUAACUAGUAUAACAAGCACUGAUAUUUUUGUACAAAAAAAAAUCAGAAGAUUGACUAUUGUGGUCUGCAUGACAAGCAAAUGGUGAUAUCAAAGCAAUGUAUACCCUUGUGUGUGUUACCAUAAUUUGCAGUUCAACUUAACAGUGCACCCAAUCUGUAUUUGCAUUUUGAUAUUAUUUAAGCUCUAUGUACAAUGUUUUGCAUGUAUUUAUACGGUUCUUAGGGGAAAAAUUUUGAUAAACUGGCAAAUCUGAUGUGUUGUUCCACUGAGACGGGAUGAAGAGGAGUUUUAAAAGGGGUCAUUUUUUGGAACCAAUAAAGCUUUUUCGCUGAUAAGCAGAACCAAUACUGCCAUGCACUGAGAAUAAAAAACCCAUACCCACUUGUAACUGUGCUGUCCUCAAUGUGUCUCCACUUUUGGGUAAUGCCACUGUUGAUCUUGGAGCUGAGAAGGUUACCACCACAGCCACCCAUCAGAGCCAGCACAGAUCUCAGCUUGCUCCUUACCCUCCCGUAUCUCUCCCUGGAGUUUUGCUGUCCUGGGUGCCAGUCUUGUUCCCUGGUGGAACAAGCUUUGUUCUGCCCACUACAGUUGGAGUAAGUAGAGUCCACAAUCCAGGAACUGGUAAGUUGGAGUCUUGGGAGGGAUAAGCAAGAAGCAGUCUUAGGUGACCUCUGUCCAUUUUUUUUUUUUUUUAAUGAGAUGCCAUUUGGCAAAGUUAGUUCUCCUUAUAUUUGUUGUUUUUCCCUUUGUUCUCUACCACCCACUUCCUCCUUAUAGCUUUGGUUUUUUUUCAUUGUUUUCGUUUUGUUUUUAAUGGUUUCGUUUCUAGUAUAUUUCUAGAAUUUCUAGUGUGUCUGGUAUUAGAUGCAUUUCCAGCCAAAACAGUUUCCUGACAGGUCAUUUAUAUUCUGAGCUUUCAGGUCUCAGGUAACCCCCUCCUGCAGCUCUCAUCCAGUUGCACAGCCAAGUUCCCUGCUCUCUUUUAAAACACCAUAGUAGAAAAGCUCCCCAAGUCCCCUUAGGAAUGUACAAUGUUGAAGAACAGCCAAAAUUCCUGCAGGUUCUCCCAGGCUGUUUCUGAAGACUCUGGAUUUAGGGAGGACCCAGCCUUACUUGGAAAAGUCCCCUACAGCCUGUGGUCUUACCCCACUUUUCUUGCCUUGUCCCAGGUUGUUCCCCACAGGCAUGGACACACCCACUUAGUUUCUUGAAAUAGAGACUGGAGGUAGUUAAUUAAAAGAAAUUAAGGGGGCUGGGCUUAUUUGAUAACAGGAGUCACAACAGAACCGUAAGUUCCCCCACAGACUGCCUUGCUAAUAAGGAAGCAACACAUACACAAGAGUCCUUUCCAAAGCUUCACCCCAUAUUUCUCCUCUCACUCUUAGACAAGAUAGAAGGCAGAUAUAUCUGUGCCUUUCUUCUAUGCCAACAGAGACUCUUAAAAGUCCAAUCUCCAAACCCCAGUAUGUGGUAAGGAAUGGUGAAGAACAAGUCUCACAAGUGUCAUUCUGUCAGACACCAUGUAUUCAUAGACAUUAGGACAACAGGACUUAGAGGCCAGCUUGGCUCCUUGGGCCCAGAGAAUAUAGAAGAAACAUGCCCUUUUCCUUCUUCUUCUCUACCCCCAGUUUCAGAAGCUUUACCCUCCAUCUUUAGUAACAAAUUGUGAGAUCCCCUCUCUCACUAAUGCAUCUUCUCCAUGUCGUCAGUGGGUUUGUUUGAAGCUCUCUGCCAGUCCUUCCUGGUUCUCUCCCAAGCAUACACAUGGCCAGGCAACCUCCCUCACUUCAUUCUGUGGCAAAUCCAAAGAUGACUUGUGGAUAUCAGCAAGUUAUUACCAGUCCCUGACCAGAAUCUCUCAUCUGUGCCUCUCAUCACUGAAAGCAAAGAGAGGAUGAGAAUGUCAUUUCCUUCACCAGCAAAUAAUUUUGGUGCUCUGUUGCAAAUAAAGCAUCUAAACAUGUUACUAUCUCUGUGUGGUGUCAUUAACAAUCAGUUGCCUCCAGCAGGAACCUAAGCCAUAGGGAAGAACCUAUGAGAUGUGUAAUCACAAAACACUCAUCUGGAAACUGGGAGUUGCUGGCUAGUGUGUGAUGGGGAGCCAACCAUAAACAAGUCUUUAACAUUUUUUCAAACAAUCCCUCCUGGCCCAUCACCACUCCCCUAUCCUGAGAAGACACAUACACAGGAGAAAAUGCUCUUUGGGAUGGUGUCAAAUUCAAAAUGCCAUUUCACACUUACUUACACUGAGAAGUGAAAUGAUUCAUGUAUUUGGAAAAUCAAAUGACAACCAGAAAUCUAACUUCUGCUCAUGAAAGUCAAGCAAGGCAAAUACUUGAGC